AUAUAUGCAACAUUUCUCCAAACUAUCGGCAUCGUCUUCCAUAGCGUUGACAUAAUGGCACCUGCACACCAUCCUACUCUCACCCCGUUUGGCUCAGCGCUCGCGGGUGCUCUCGGUUCAGUCUUUGCCAACUCGCUUGUAUAUCCUAUCGAUGUUGCCAAAACACGUCUUCAAGCUAUCGACGACCCUCUAGAGGAUAUUGAAUCCGACAGCGAAUCUGGUGAGGUCUUCGCGGAGAAGACUGAAGAAGAACAAAAACGACAUGUCGAAGGCAAAGCGCGUCGACGGCAGAAGAGGGAACAGGUUAUAAAGUUGAAGAAGCUGCUCGGAAAGAAACUGCAAAGGUGGGGUAUGUUGACAAUGCUUAUAAGGAUCGUGCAUAUGGAAGGGAUAUCCGGUGUCUUCCAUGGCUAUGGAGCAACUAUGAUAGGAACUUUCUCUCAGCAAUUUACCUAUUUUUUCUUCCAUACCUUUCUAAGGAAGACAUACCUAGCGCGUCUCACCGCUUCCUCUAAGCGCGCUUCAUUGUCGACAAGUACGGAGCUCUUGUUAGGUGCUCUUGCUGGCGCACUUGCCCAGAUUUUUACUAUUCCAGUCUCUGUUAUUGCUACCCGACAACAGCUGUGGGAUCCGCCGGCAAGGCCCAAGAUCCUUCCCGGAGAAAAGGAAACCGAAUGGAAUGACAAGAGUCCUUCUUUAACUGAGACUGCUCGAGAAAUCAUCGCCGAGUCUGGAUGGACUGGCCUCUGGACAGGGCUGAAACCCGGCCUGGUACUCACUGUAAACCCCGCCAUUACUUAUGGUGUGUUUGAGAGACUUAAGUCAUGGAGGCUCGCUGCAAAGGGUGCCAAAAAACUUGAUGUCUGGGAGUCUUUCUGGAUUGGAGUUGGCAGUAAGACCUUGGCUACCGUUGUAACUUAUCCUUACAUCUUUGCCAAGGUAAGACUCCAGGCAAAGGUUGUCGUAUCGCCUCCACCACUUUCUGAAGAAAUCAAGAAGGGAGAGGCACCUACGUAUGCGUCCAUCGCUUCAGCCUCUCCUACCGAAGGCUCUACCGUCAUUGUCGAGCAGCCCUCUUCAAUUGAAAGCGAACCUUCCACCGAAUUAGAGCAGACUCAUAGGCAUAAGCACACCCAUUCGCCUUCUCAACAUUACCGCUCGGCUAUCCCACUUCUUAAAGCUGUCUAUACCGAGAAGGGCUUUAAAGGGUUGUACCAAGGUUUGGGUGCACAGAUUUUGAAGGCCGUGUUAUGCCAAGGCAUCCUAUUUGUCUCGAAGGACCAAUUUGAGAGCUAUGCUUGGUUGUUGAUCGUAUUCUUCGCUAGGUUAAGAACCCGCCUUUCGGCCAAAGCACGAGUCUGAGUUGAUUGAGAGAAAGAAAAAAUGAAUGUUCGUUGUAAAUCAACUGGAGUCAGCAAUCAAUGGAAUGUGACGUUAUGACCUUGUUCGAAGACUUGCAAUUUGAUAUCAAAAUGCAUCCACAGUAUCUUAUCAUACAAAGCGAGGAACAAACCAAAUUCCCGAUCUUCUUUCUAGAGUCUUUUCAUCUCAAGGAUGUGCGUAGAAGGAUAGAUUCAUAGAACAUGGACAAAGUGCGAAGAAGAGAAGGAUUGUUGGGGCUACACAGUGUGGUUAUAAUGCAUGUUGAUUGACAAUUGUUCGUGUGUUGCAGAAUUUAGGAAAGGGUCCAAGGUCGUUAACAAGUCGUUCAAACAACUCCAUCGUUCGAAACCAGCGCCUACUCUCUCUCGCCUUGACCGCCCUUCGUCGGACUCGAAAUAACCUCUGCGAGCCUCUCCAACUGCCCAUCACCUUGGGCAUCCUUACCACCCAC